CCGGACUUCCCUGCCAGGUAGAGCCUGCGAAUUAGAGGCCAGGAUCAAGGGGGAGUGGCUUCCCAGGUGUAGAGCUCAUGAGGCCAUGGAGGGAUAAGAGCGGCAGUCUCAGCCCCCUUCCGUUUCCUGCACAAAAUGGUCAAAGGGAGACGCUUCAACCCACCCUUAGACAAGGAUGGAAGAUGGUUCCCUCACAUUGGACUAACACAAAAGACGCCAGAAUCCAUCACAAGUAUGAUGUUGAAAGAGUCCUACAGUCCACGUUUAUCUCGGCAAGUGGAGGAGAAACUUCCGCCGAUCUACAAAGUGCGGGAGAAGCAAGCAGUAAAUAACAACUUCCCCUUCUCUGAUCACGACAAUCGUCACAGCUUUCAGGACUCUGGGUUCUACCUUGACUCUGGCUUGGGACGUAAGAAGAUCUCCCCAGAAAAAAGGCAACACGUUUCAAGAAAUUUCAAUCUCUGGGCAUGUGACUAUGUUCCAUCUUGUCUCGAUGGCUUUUCAAAUAACCAAAUAUCAUAUGUCUAUAAGGAAGCUGUGGUAGUCCCAAUUUUCAGACGCUUUCCAAGACAUCAUCAUGAGAUAUGGAACACUUUUAAAUUUAUGCCCCAGCACAGCUAUACAGAGUUUUGGAAAAAGAAUCCAAAAGUAAGGUUCCUGAUUAACACAAAGACCAGUUCUUCACUGGAGCCAUAACCCUUCCAGAAGAUCCUUGAUGUUUUGCAAUAUUGUUAUGUCGUUGGACAUUCUACAAGUAUGUGUUUUCUGAUGCAGCACUGAUGUUUGAUAUCAGAUUUGUUUAGAAUUAUUUAGAGAAUGUAGACUGCAUGUGCCUUAAUGCUGAGAUGAUGUUUUCUUGCAGUGAUAACAUAGAGAUUAAAGUCCUUAUAUAGAGAAACCAGAAUGGCAACAGAUAACCUUACCACUCCCCCACCUUGAAAAUAUUCUUAUGGUUUUAAUAAGGUUGAAAAAUAUUCAGGCCCUUUUAAAAUAAAAAUAUGUGAUGAUAUACACAUUUUAAAUGAA